GCGAUUCUCAUCCUUCAAAUCCGAAUUCCAUGGCCACUCACUACACAACCCAAAAAGUCGGCUAACAAACUCCACUAACUUCAGCACUAUGUCACCGAUCUGUUUGCAAUUUGCAGACUCAGCAGUCGGCAAACCAGGAUCAGGAUUCAACAGGCUUACUAAACAAACUAAUUGACCAAUUUGACAACUUAACCAAAGGACACGGCAACAACAUACAGGCUAAACUUGGAAAUUCAAAUGCUUGACGUUCGACAAAACGGAACGAUAAGUAUAUUCAUCGGCAGCUUCAGCUGUGUGAUGUUCUCACUGCUCGCGUCGAACGUGGUGAACAGGAAAAAAGGAUCGCCGUUGUGGGACCGUACAUGCGGCGGAGGAGGAACGACGAGGGAGAACUCGGUCCGUGUUACGAAUCUGUCGGAGGACACGCGGGAGGAGGACCUGCGCGAGCUGUUCGACUCGUUCGGUCCCGUGAGCAGGGUCUAUGUGGCUUUGGAUCGGAAGACAGGUGCGAGCAGGGGUUUUGGCUUCGUGAAUUUUGUGAGCAGGGAGGAUGGGGAGAGGGCGAUUAAGAAGGUGAAUGGGUAUGGAUAUGAUAACCUGAUUCUUCGAGAUGGAGAGAGGGCGGCUGCCGGCUAGGAAUUGAAUUUUUUAUUUAUUUUGAUUUUGUUACUUUUUGUGAGUUUCUGUUUUUUACCCUUGUUGUUAUGCUAUCCGGGCCCACCCUUCCUCGUCCCUUCCAACUCCACCGCUGCAACAGUCGUCGUUACACAGGUGGUAUGGUGGAAGUCAAUCGCCGUUACAGAGACCCCAACUGCAACAAUAAAAAAAGCUCGAUGAAGCGAUCCCCCAACUGCAGAAUGAUAGUUGAUGCUGGACAUAUGAUUGAUGAAACAAAAAAAAAACAUAAUUUUAUUAAUUAAAAGAGUAAAGCAAACACAACUAAAAAAAAAAAAACAAUGACUCAAUUAAAAACGAGUCAGUUGUUUAUGGGUGGCUUGGAUUUGCUUGUACAAGCUGAAAGGCCAGGAUUUACGGGAGUAUGGUGGUAUUUCUGGCUCAUGGAACUGGAAGAGAAUCCUGAAAGUGAGGCACAAGGUGCGAGGUCGAAUACUGCAUGUAUCACAAGGCAUAUAUGGCUCCUCCUAAUGAAGCAUGGUUCUUUAUGGGUGGCUUGGAUUUGCUUGUACAAGCUGAAAGGCCAGGAUUUAUGGGAGUAUGGUGGUAUUUCUGGCUCAUGGAACUGGAAGAGAAUCCUGAAAGUGAGGCACAAGGUGCGAGGUCAUUUUGAUCAGCAGGGCCAACAAGUUUUUUGGGAUCAGGAAAGAAUGGAAAAAUUCUCUAUAAAACGAAUUUGGUAUACUCUAAGACCUAGAAGGCAGGAAGUGGAUUGGUUUAAUCUGCUAUGGCAGGGGAGUUCAAUACCUAGAAACAGAUUCAUAACAUGGCUUAUUCUAAGCAAAGCAGUUUCAACAAAGGAGAAGAUGGCAAAAUGGGGUUAUUCAGGUAGCCUGGGAUGUGUUUUUUUUUAAUUGUCAGCUUGAAACAAUUGACCAUUUGUUUGCUGAAUGUGGGUUAUACAGGAGCCUGAAGGGUGAGCUGUAUGGUAGCAGGUCUGUUGUCUCUUCUUCUUUGAGUAGCGAGAUUUGCUGGGUGAAACAGAAAUUUGGUUCUAAAUCUGUUGAUUCUCAAGCUGGGAAGGCUUUGUGGCAGAGCCUUGUAAGUUUGAUUUGGCGAGAGAGGUGUAGUAGAGUUUUUACAUGAGUGUGCAGGGAUAGAGCAGUUUUGUGCAAGAUUGUUAGAGAGGAGGUAGUCGUGCUUUUUGGUAGUCAAGUCUUUGAUUCAUUUGUAUAGAAUUUUAUGAACUUGAUCAAUCCUAACUAGCAAGGAUGUUGCUAGUACUCCUUUUUUGAUGGAAUGAGAACAACCCGAUUCAUAAAAAAAAAAGAGUCAGUUCACCAAAGUAACCAAAAUAGGUGACGAAAACUCAAUUAAAGCGAAGAGUAGAAGGUUUUUAAAAGAAUCAAAUAUCAUAUACUAAAUGAAGAAGGAUCAUUAGAAGAACAUGAUUUAGCUUUGAAUUCUUGAGUCUAAAAAAUUGGUGCAGUUGCUAACUAUGCAUAAUAAGUAUAUGUUAGAAACAAUCGUUUUCUCAUCUUUUCUUUUUACCAAUGCUCCAAAUGAAAUGAGAGAUAGUUGCUACAAAUAAUUAGGAAAUAAAAAAAAUCUUGUUUAUUGAUGAAGGAAGGUAGUGAGUAGUCCAUUCCUUAUCGUCCUAGAUGCAAAACCUCUAAGGAUUACCUAGGUGAUUUGUUGGUAUUUGCAGAAGGGACAUAGCAUAGAUGGAACUAAGAGAAUGUUGAAAGAGUUCUGCUGUUUAUCUUGUCUACCAUGUGAUCCAAUAAAGAGUCAAUUAUUUUGUGGUGGGCUGUCUAAUUUUUUAAUUUUAUCCAAAAUAAGUCCAGGGCAUGGCCGGACAACAAAAUACAAAACAUAUAAUGAUAAAGAACGAUAAUCCAUAUGAAACCGAAUUCUUGAUGAAAGAGCCUGUUAUGCCACAAAGUGGGCAACUCUGAAGAAAGUACUAAAGAGCGAAAAGACACGAAACUGACAAGAAGGACAGGAAGAGAGAGAAAACUUCCCUGAAAGUGGCUCCUGCUCCGGGAAGACUUCCUCGAUGUAGGAUCCAUGUUGACCGGUUGAGAAAUCCAGCAAUAUGUAACAAUUAAUACAUUAGGAGUAAAUCACCCCCCCCCCCCCCCACACACACACUAAGAGCAAGUAAUUUUUAUAUGAGUAUCGGUAAUACCGUAAUAGAAUUUACCAAAAUAAAAAUAAAAUGAAAUGAAAUAGUUUUAUCACCUGAGAUGCCGACCGAGUAAGUUGCAUAUCCUUAAAGAUUCUUUGACAUGAUUAAAUAAAUCAUGUAAGAUAUAAACUCGAAACUUGCUUUCCAUCAUAGAUUGUGGAGGUGCACGACCAUACCUUCACAACACUAAAAUUUUCUUGCCAAGAGACCUACUACAAAGGCACCACUAUGGUGCUAAAAAUCUCUUACCGAUCGAAGAGAUUAAAGUCUGUCAUGAGACAUAGUCGGAAUUCACUGAAAACACAACACCAUUGAUGUGAUUACAACCUGAAGAAGGUGAGACAAUUCUGAAAUUACAAAAAAAAAGGUAAAAGGAAAACGAUGGUUGAAACUAAACUUUGGCAUAGUGAUGCUCUAAAACACAAGCACGGCCGUGUCGAUCCUCUGCUCUGCCCGUGUGUGCUCUCGGCAAAACUCGCACGGCCAGGCCAUUACUUCACACGGUCGUGUGAUCAUCAGGGCAGCCCGUGUGACCUCCUUUGUGACUUGUCUCGCACCCGAUCUUCGCCCAAUCGACCCCGAACUCGCUCCUAAACCUUCAUUCACUUGCCAGGAUCUGAAAUAUCACAAACAAGCACAACCUAGCGUGAAAUCGGUCUAAAACACGAGAAACCACCUCUCAAACGGUGUAAGAACAGGGGUGAAAACAUGUGUAACUAACGGUCUAUCACAUAGUGAAUAUUUAAUACAUCUAGUAAUUAUCCGUAGGCAAUUAUCCCCUACGAUAAUAAAAAAUUAAAUUAAAGAGGUGGAGGUUAAAGAAAGAAGUCUCUAGAUUGUGGAGGUGCACGACCAUAUCUGAGAAGCCGACCGAGUAAGUUGCAUAUCCUUAAAGAUUCUUUGACAUGAUUAAAUAAAUCAUGUAAGAUAUAAACUCGAAACUUGCUUUCCAUCAUAGAUUGUGGAGGUGCACGACCAUACCUUCACAACACUAAAAUUUUCCUGCCAAGAGACCUACUACAAAGGCACCACUAUGGUGCUAAAAAUCUCUAACCGAUCGAAGAGAUUAAAGUCUGUCAUGAGACAUAGUCGGAAUUCAUCGAAAACACAACACCAUUGAUGUGAUUACAACCUGAAGAAGGUGAGAUAAUUCUGAAAUUACAAAAAAAAAGGUAAAAGGAAAACGAUGGUUGAAACUAAACUUUGGCAUAGUGAAUAAUUAAUACAUCUACUUAUUAUCCGUAGGCAAUUAUCCCUACGAUAAUAAAAAAAUUAAAUUAAAGAGGUGGAGGUUAAAGAAAGAAGUCUCUAGAAAGAGAAAUAAAUUUAAAAAUAAGUUAAUGAAAAAAGAUAAAAGUAAAACUAAGAAACAAUGAUUUAAACUUAAUUAAAGGUUAUUAACGCAGCUAAUAAAACCAUUAGAAACUAUUGUAAUUAAAUUUAUUAAAUUAAUUAAAAAGUUCUCGAAUGCAAUGCUAACUCUACGCGAUUAGGCUCUUGAAAUUACGCCAUGAACUACUCCGAAUUGUUAAAGCAUCUCCGUUAACGGCAAUCCCGCAUGCACAAGGCAACCAUUGCUAGAACUGAAUCGUGUCCCAUUGCCGGUUUAGACUGAACUAGUCGGGGGAAGAAGCAUCUUUGAUUUUAUAGGAGUCAUGAGGAUGAAGUCUGUAUUUGGAAAUCCUGAAACCAUAUUAAAGACAAAAGGGAAACUAAACAAAAAUAAAUUUGAACAUAGCAGUUGUCGUUGGAGAUAUUUUCGCUGUCGAGGCUGAGGGCGAUCCUGGAAUAAGUGAUAUGAGAUGGUAACAGAUGAUGGAAGGUCCACCACAGGAGACCAAAGAGAGCAGUAAGCCUUCUCUACAGUACGCGAAGAAUUCCAAAUUCCACCCAAGCCUCUUUCUUUUCAAAUGAUCAUUAAUAGAUGAGACUAAACUCAACAAAAGUUAAAGCAGAAAGAAAUUAAAACAAAUGGUAUGAUGCAUUUUUUUGUAGUAAGAAUAAGAAAGAGAUAGAACUAAUAUCCAUCGAAUCAAUGUCGAGCUGUUGGCGAAUAGAGAUUGAUGGAGAUUGAUGGUCGGCAAUCGACUCGACAUUAUGUUUAGCGUUGAACUUUUGAGGAAGGAUGAUUGGUGUCUGGUGACUGAGGAGUAGGGAUGGCAAUGGGCGGGUUUUCCUAAACCAUCCACAUCCCCGCUUUCAAAUAUCUAUACCCAUACCCGCCCCAUACCCAUGCGGGUGAAGGGUUUGCAAACCCAUCCCCAUACCCAUCGGUUUCGGGUACCCAUGGGUAAUACCCGCCCCGUACAUCCAAUAUUAUAAUACCGAAUAUUUACAUGUAGAUUUUCAAUUAUAACAUUAAAUGCAACUGCUAUAUCAUGAAGCCGACAAAGAGACAAUCAUUUUUAAUACGAUUCAAAAUAUUUUAUCCUAAAGCGUCCAUUAAUCCAUAUCAGAGUAGAAUACAAUGUCAUUCAAAUCAUUAUUCUCUAUACUAAUACAUCUAUUAAGUAAUAAUUAACUAACAUAAUUUUGUUAAAAGGAGAAAAAGUGAAAGAGGAAGGGAAAAUUGAGAGAAAGAAGUUAUAUUUUGAUUUGGGUGGCCACUCAAUUGCAUUUCUACUAUAUAUUUUUCUUGAGUUAUACUCACUAUUAUUGAUAGGUUGCAAAAAUGAAGAAAUAUCUUUGGUGAGACGGGUAUGAGUAUGGGUAUGGGGCGGGAGAGGCUAAAACCAUACCCGCCCCAUACCCAUCAAAAUUUUUGCAGGUUUUACCCAUACCCUCCCCAUACCCGGUCAAUGCGGGGAUUCCCCGCGUUGACUGGGUCGGAGCACGGUCGGAUACCCAUGGGCAUGGGUUUGAUUGUCAUCUCUAGUGAGGAGUGAGAAGUGCCAGAGUUAGGGAUGAACUUUCGCAGGAAGGGUGACUGGUAAGUGAGGAGUGCUGGAGUUAGCAGAGAAUUUUCGAAGGAAGGGUGAGAGUUAGAGAUGAACUUUCGAAGGUAUGGUUACUAGUGAGUGAGGGGUGCCGGAGGUGUGUGUGGAUUGUGCCUUAGUGCCUUUUUUUUGUUCUCUUUAAUACGAUAUAACACUAUGCAUAACUACACAAUCAUUCAAUAUGCUGUAUCAUAUUUGUUGAAAACUCAAUGUUGUAUAUACAUAGCCGACCUGAAACCAUGUUCUGAAAGCAAAAUGCAGCCCAAUUUUUUUUAAUAAAUUUAUUAAAAUGGAAAAUAAAAUACAUAAUGAUAGUUGAUGCUGGACAUAUUGUAACACCUUAGGCAAAUCCCACAUCGACAAAGCACGGGAGAGAUCCCUGGUUCAUAAGUAGGAAACUGGCCUUAACUGACAAGACGCGUUUUGGGGUGUAACAGAGGAGUUCUUGUAAGAACUCCGAAGUUAAACGUGCUCAGUAUAGAGUACAACAAGGAUGGGUGACCUUAUGGGAAGUCACCUUGAAUUAUACCCCAAGUCGAAAACCGUGAUGGUCGAGGCUCAAAGCGGACAAUAUCUUCGUCGGGAAAAGGUUCGGGAUGUUACACAUAUGAUGGAUGAAAUAAAUAAAAACAUAUUUUAUUAAUUAAAAGAGUAAAGAAAACACAACAAAAAACAAUACAAUACAAAACAAUAACUCAAUUAAAAAUGAGUUAGUUCACUAAAUUAACCAAAAUAGGUUGAAGAGAAGAGUAUAAUUUUUUUAAAAGAAUCAAAUAUCAUAUACUAAAAGAAGAAGAAUUAUUAGAAGAACAUGAUUUCACUCUUGAAUUCUUGAGUCUAAAAAAUUGAUGUGGUUGCUAACUAUCUACAAAACACUAUAUAGCAAUGUCAAAAAACAGGUUUUGCCACAUCAGCCUUUGCUGAAAUGGCGCACAGUGCGGAGGGUUUUUAUUGUAAAUUCCGAACAUCUCCUCUUGCCGCACACCUCGGUGGGGCUUCCUCAUCUUCCGCAAUUCUUUUCUUCGCUCAUAUUGUUUUGAUUUAUUUUAAUUAAUAUUUUGUUAUUGACCAACCGGUGCAUGUAAGAGGGGAGAGAUCGCAGUUGCCUCUGUUAAUUCUCUGUUUUUUUAUGUCGAGAAGCCGAACCCUUUCUCUGCCUGUCUUCUGUCUCUUGGAUUUUGUGGAGUGGAACCCGCUUCUGAGAUAUCUCCCUCCCCUUUCUCAUCCGUCUCUUAUCAUGGCGAAUUCGCAACGGGCCACCUUAUAUGUGAUUCCACCGUCAACAAUUUUAUGGUGCAUCAAUUUGCCUCAAAGAUUCAAUUCGGUACCGCGCACCGUCUCUAUUCUUGAUUUCUUUCUCUUUGCUUCAUUGUUUCUCUUGAACCAAAUAUACAAGCAAGCAAAAUGACGAGAAAAUCAGAAGGUUUUACCCUGCUCUACCAAAACACGCUUAUAAAUUGUAUGUUUCUUA